GUUGGUAAUGCUCAGCUCGCUCAACUCAACUACAACACGGCAAUGUAGCGAGCAACAUAGCUGAACUAAAAAGGCUUUCCCCCAGUUUGCGUGACGUGUGGUUUUGUGUUGGUGUGUGUACGCGUGCGUGUGUGUUAAAGAGAGCGUUGUGUGUGUGUGUGUGUGUAUGAGUGAGUGUUAUGUAUGUAUGUGUGUGUGUGUGUGUGUGUGUGUGUUUAUGUGCAUGUAUGUAUUAAACGUCUUGCCCGUUAGGAGACGCAUUGCAUUAUCCGCUGUUCGUAUACGUUUAUUUAUAUAUUUUUACCGUUUCGUUCUUGUCAUUUCCGAGAUAAUAUACGGUGAAAAUGAAUCCAUAAUCGAUUUGUACGCGCGUUAAUUCGAAACAUGUUCGUAGUGUGUAGUUAUGAGUGCGUCGGUUUUUUCAUUACUGCGGCGUAAACAACUUGGGACGGCUACCCCUACAUUUUUAUGCCUCUCCUCCAUCGAUAGAUCGAUCGACGAUCGCAUUGAAACAUUCAUGUUCAUUGAAUUAAAUACUUAAAAAUGGCUGAUACAGAAAUUGAACAGUUGAAAGAAACUGAUUUAAGUGUCAAAUUAAAUGGUAAUAUUUGUGGAGAUAAUGAACACCUCAAACAAUCUAGUGAAGCACGUAAAACCAAUAAACUAAAUGAUAAGAAUGAACAGAACCAUGAUUUUAAUAUUAACACUGAUAAAAGUUUUGUAAAAAAUAGUAAAUCUUCAUCUAACUGUAGUAAUGAUGGUGAAGAUGGUUAUUGUGAAAUAAAUGAUGAAGAUAAUGAUAGUGAAGAUGAAAAUCACAUAAAUAACCAAGACUGUAAAUCUGAUAAUAGGUUAAUCGAAGAUGAUCAGACUUUUGAUAGUGAAAAUGCAACUACGAAUAGUGAUGAUUUAUGUGAUGUAGAAAACAGUUGUAAUGGUACCAAAGAAAUUACUAGGAAUAAUAGUGAAGAACAAAUGGAAGUUGAAGAACAAAAGACAGAAGAUGAAGAACAAAUGGAUGAUGAAGAUGAUGAAGAAGACAAUAGAAUAAAUGAUCAAAAUGACACCGAAAAUAGGUCAAAUGAGAUAAAAAAAUCAUUAGAAGACUCUAGAAUAAAUCUUGAUAAAUCUGUAACUAUUGUUAAAGUUCCAGAUCCAAAGCAAUCUUCUAGUAAUAGUAGCAAAAAAAAAUUAAAAAGUUUUCCUGAUAUUACCUUAACUCCUCGUAGAAGUACAAGAAAUAUAAAUAAACUCAAAAGCUUUAGUGAUAAAGAUGAUGAAAAAAAAGAUAUAGAAACUGAAGAUAGUGUUAAAAUUUUACCUCUAAAAUCACCAAUGGUUACCAAACCUAUUGUUGUUAAUGAUACUAAAAAAUUAGUUGAAAUUGCUACUGGAACAAAACAAAAAAGUAAUAAAAAAGAACCUACCUUAGUUAUAAUUGAUACAAAUAUGUUAUCAGGAAGAAGUAGUUUACCUCUAGCUGUAUCUGUGCAAUCAAAUAUCCAAAAUAAUGCUAUUAAUGUUUCUCAGACUAGUAAAACAAUUCAAAAUUCUUUUAACCGUGUUCAACAGUCACAAGCUUCAAUCAAGCCUUUUAUAUUAUCUACUACACCAACUCCUGUUGUUGCUCCUCCAAUUGUUCCGAAACCACCAAUUAUUUUACCUACUCUUACUGAUGAUAUGUUUGUUGUUGAAGCACCAUCUUUUAUUGUACCAUAUGUUUAUGAAAAGCCUCCCAAAAAACCAUUAAAAGAAUUUGUUGAAAAAAUUGAAGACAAAAUAAAGGAUAAUAAAGGUAAUGGAGAUGAAAAUCAAGUUGAAGAAGAUGUAUCUUUAAAUAAAAAUGAAAAUAAUCAGAAAGAAAAAAUAACUAAUUCUGAUACUAUUGAAAUGAUGGAUAUUGAUGAACCAGAAAAUCUAGUAUCUAGCGGUGAGAAAAAUGAAAAAGAUAGCUCUAAAAAUAUAGUAAAUAAAGAUGAACAAAUGUUAGAUGAAUCAGACAGUAAUAAAAAAGAUAAUUGUAAAUCAAAAAAUUUGUCUGAAUCAAUAGAUUUUACUAAAAAUGAUAGUAUUACUGAUCUCACUGUUGACUCUGAUGAAAAGAAAACUGAUGUUAAAGAAAAACCAAAGAUUCCAAGUCCUAAUUACUUUGAGAAUCCGCUAGGAAAAUUUUUUAUGCAAAUAGGUGUUAACCUUGUACAAGAACAUGUUCAACUAGAUUUGUUACGUACUCAAAGAAGAAAAAGAGAUCGUGAAGGUGAUAAAUGUCCCGAAGAAGUUCACAUGGCAAUUAGUUCUCUAAUUAAAACUUUAGAGUUUAGUAAAGAGAACAAUGAUCCAUUCCAAUUUGGUUUAAAAAAGUGUGAAUUGUGUAAUUUUAAAUCUGAAUCAAGCUUAGUAAUGGCACAUCAUUUAGAAACUCCUCAUAUGACAGCUAAUUACUGCUACAGAUGUAAUUUUUGUACUUUCCAAGUACGUAGUCCUCAUGAAAUAUUACAACACAUGGAUACACAUACUAUCAAAGGCCGUUUAGAGAGAGGUCCAGCGUUACAUCAAUGUCCAAGUUGUCCUUUUGAAGAUAGCUAUAAGGGUAAAUUAACCAGACACUUGAUUUCUUGUUCGAAAAAGUAUCGCCCAGAAAUUAAUCAGGCGCCUCCAUUAGAUUGGGAACCUCCUGCAAAAAUACCUAGAGUAUUGCGAAAUAAACCAUCAAUGAGUCCUGGAAAUGCAGUAUACCAAGCAGCCAUGUCUGGAUUUAAACAAUUCCCCAAUCCUAAUAUGUUGCAAUUGCAACAACAACAAUAUAACAAAAUGGUUCUUGCAUCUGGAGCUAGAGCUCGUGGUCGUUCUGUUUUACCUGGACAGCGAUUUCCAGGAAUGGUGCCUUCUUUUCCAACAACACUGCCAAAUCAAACUUCUGGGGGAAUUUUGCUUAAAAAUACAAGUAUUAAACCAAUUAAUCAAUCAAUGAUUGUGCCUACACCUUAUUCAAUAAACAAUCACACAUAUCAGCAAAAUUCAAACAGUAAAUCUAUUCAACAGCCAAGUAUAUCAAUAACACCUCUUCCACGAUCGUUUCCAUCAAAUAAUACACAGUCUGCUUUUGUAUCUACCUUAUCUAAAAACAAGUCCCAACUAUCAACUCAGUCAUCAUCCUCUUCAACUAAUAGUAGCAAUAAACCAACUUUUGUAAUAUGUGAAAUAUGUGAUGGUUACAUUAAAGACCUAGAACAAUUACGUAAUCAUAUGCAGUGGAUUCAUAAAGUGAAAAUUCAUCCAAAAAUGAUCUACAAUCGACCACCACUUAACUGUCAGAAAUGUCAGUUUAGAUUUUUUACUGAUCAAGGUCUUGAAAGGCAUUUACUAGGAUCACAUGGUUUGGUGACAUCUAGUAUGCAAGAGGCGGCUAAUAAAGGAAAAGAUGGUGGAAGAUGCCCAGUUUGUGGUCGAGUGUAUCAAUGGAAAUUAUUAAAUCAUGUAAGCCGUGAUCACUCCAUGUCAUUGAAGCCAGCACAUUUAUCAUACAAGUGUACUGUGUGCACUGCAACAUUUGGCAUGUAUAAACAAUUUGAGAAUCAUGUGUAUUCAGCCCAUAGCAAUGUAGCCAAAAACUCAAGCAAGAAAACUCUUGCAAAUCAACCUGUAGCUUCAUCAUCUUCAUCAGCUUCUAUAACAACUACACCAAAGCCAUUAAAAAUAAAUGAUGAAAUUACUAUUAUACCUCAACCACCUAAGAUACAAAAUUUAUCUGUUAAAAGCAGUAAUAGUAAUAAACCAGUUACUGGAAAACAAAGUUCAACUCCAACUACAGCAAAGGCCAAAGUGUAAGUGAUAAUAAUUAUGAAGCGGUUUGAUUUUAAGUUUUGAAGAACAUGGGAGAUAUCAGGGUUGUUAUCUGCUUACCCAGUUUAGUUAACUCAUAAUAUUUAUAAUUUGAUAUGUGUAUUCUCAGGUCAUUAAAAUGGCGGAUAGUACAAAUUUAUUUGAAUUUAAUAAUUCGCCUAUUUUAAUUUUUAUAAAUAUGAAUAUUAUUGCUGUUGUUUCAAAAUUGUGUUCUGUAAUAAUUACGACAGUGUAUAGACCUACAUUUAAUUAUAUUUUACUCAAAUU